AUGGGUGACAUUGACCCUCAAGACAAUAAUACCUCGAUCAACUGGUCUGCGUCAUUUUCCGUUGUCUCGCCAGUGAGAAGCGCAUCGAAGGACCUUCGUGGAGAUAAGAUCCUCCUUCCUCAAUCAGCUCUGGAACAGCUUCUCGCAGCCUCCCCGUCUUCGCCAACUCAUCCAAACCAGACUUUCUCCUCGUCACGCGUCGCUUUCAAUCCCUACGCCACCCACCAAUCUGGACCCUACCGCGAGACCUCCCAACUCCCGAAUCCCUUAACCUUUCGCCUCGUCAACCCGAUCAACGGAAAUGCCGUCCAUGCUGGAAUACGCGAGUUCUCUGCCGAAGAGGGGCAGGUCGCCUUGGGGCCAUACCUGAUGGAAGCCCUGGGUAUCGACAGCAGCAUGUUCGCGAGCGAGAGUGACACCGACAGUGAGGCCCACAUGACGAGCGACCAAAGCAAAGCCUACCCGCGAAUCACGAUUCACGCAAAAUAUCUACCCAAAGGCACGUACGUUCGGCUACGUCCCCUCGAAGCAGGCUACAACCCCGACGACUGGAAGUCUCUCCUCGAGCGCCAGCUGCGCCAGAGCUUCACUACCCUGACAAAAGACGCUGUUCUUGCCGUUCGCGGUGUCAAGGGAGAACAAUUCCAAUUUCUUAUCGAUAAAUUCUCUCCCGAAGGCGAUGGUAUAUGUGUUGUCGACACUGAUCUCGAGGUUGAUAUAGAAGCUCUCAACGAGGAGCAGGCUCGCGAAACUUUGCGUCAGAUAAUGGCGCAAGAAGAGACAGAAGGCGACAACGGAAGCUCCAAAGGCGGCAAGCUAGACAUUUGGAAGCCCAUCGAUGGCCAGGUUGUGCCCGGUCAAUAUAUCGAUUUCCAGUUGCCAUCUUGGAACAGAUCUGCUCCCUUGACAAUUGAGCUUUCCGGCAUAUCCAAUCCCGAUUCGCUUGACUUGUUUGUCAGCCCAAAAUCGUCUAGACAACGGGCUUUGCCACGCGAUUCAGAGCACGUAUUUGGCGAGAUAUCUGUCGCACGGAGUGGCAUGAAGACCAUUUUUCUCAACCCUACAAAUGUCGAUCUUGAAGAAGCAGACCAGCUACUGAUCGCAGUACACGGAUAUCCAAAUUCAGUUAUGUCGGGUUCAGCCACUCUGUCCUUUACACUUCGGGCAAGGUCUGGUGCUGUCGUUUCCGACCCUCCAUCUAUCAUGUCGGGUGAUUCUAGCACAUCGCACUCAUUGGACGACGAGCAAUGCAAGAAUUGUCGGCAGUGGGUGCCGAAGCGAGCCAUACUUCUGCACCAAAACUUCUGUCUACGCAAUAACGUCAUCUGUCCGAGGUGCGAAUCGGUAUUCAAAAAGGGUUCCCCUGAAUGGGAAGCGCACUGGCACUGCGAAUUAGACGACGACUUUGGAGAUACAGCUGCCAGCAAAGCCAAGCAUGACGCUCAGCGACACAGCGAGUGUCAGUGUUCUUCUUGUGGCAUGACUGUACCAUCCUUGGUCGAGCUGGCCCUUCACAGGACCAGUGUCUGCCCUGGCAAGCUGAUUCUCUGCAGGUUUUGUCACCUCGAAGUGCCGCAGGAGGGAGAUCCCUUGAACCCAUCAGCCGAGGUUAUCUUAUCUGGUCUUUCUGCGCAUGAGGUCGCUGAUGGGGCACGAACUACCGAGUGCCACCUAUGCAACAAAAUUGUUCGUAUGCGUGACAUGUCUGCCCACAUGAAGCACCACGAACUUGACAAGGUGUCGCGGCGUAAGCCUGACGUGUGUCGCAAUGCAAAUUGCGGUCGCACACUACACGGCGUCGGGCCUUCAGGAGCUGUUAGCGCGGGCACGAUGAUGGGACAGGGUCCUGGCAAUGACAUUGGUCUUUGCUCGCUAUGUUUCGGUCCACUUUAUGUCAGCAUGCACGAUCCAGAGGGAAAGGCGCUUCGCCGGCGCAUUGAACGACGUUACCUGUCACAAAUGAUGACGGGCUGCGGCAAGUCGUGGUGCGCCAACCAGUGGUGUAAGACCGGCCGCGCAAACGCAGCCCUGGAAGCCAAAGCUGCAAGUGCCCAGGCUGUCUUGCCGCUUGUGAAGCCACUGGUGGAGAAUGUCCCGCGGCUGGAUGAGCCCCUUUUCUUCUGUGUCGAUGAAAGAAACCAGAGGAGCAGGAAGAUGGCAGAGAUGCUUGCUAGUGAGAAUGUAUGGGAACACGAAUGGUGCAUAGCGGCGUGCGAAGCGGCCGCAGGGGACUUAGACAAGGCGCGGGAGUGGUUACAUAACUGGGCACCCAUGAAGGGCGUUGGUGCAUAG